GAGGCAAAAAAUAACUAUUUAAACGAUGCUAGUAACUCAGUAAAUAUCCCAUUGAAAUGUUUUUCGGAGCAUGUCAGGAGUUGGCGACGCUGACAACGCAACGUUUUCUCACUUUGCUACACUGGUUUUCUUACUUUUCAAACGGUCAGUUGUCUCGUUGGAAUAAUAAUUAGAUUCUUAUAGUCUCUGCGCGGUAUUUAUUAUAUUGUUGGAUGAUCAAAUUGGAGAUUUUAUUUUUCAAAAAUUAUGAGUAGUAGUAAUAUUGUAGAAAGCUAGUUGAAGAGUUAUUGAAAAUAAAGAAAAGAAAGGAAACUUGUGUUUAUAUACGGCUAUGUAAAUUAAAGUUAUUUCUACUGUUCAAUGUAAAAUAUGCAAAAUGAAAUAUUUUUGAACGCAAGCAAAAAUUUUGUUGGUUGGCGCAUGACACAAUGGAGAGGAAAGAGGAUGAUAUAAGAGGAAAAUACAGUCAAGUAGCCACAGCCUCUAUAUAUACUAGUAUAUCCAGCAUCAAUCCAGCAGAUACGCAAGAUAUGAAUUGCACCGGAUUGUUUUUGCAAUCAUCUCGGAUAGAAAAUGAAGUUGUCUCCUCUAGUAACAAUUUAAGAAAUAUCGUGGCAAAGAAAAAAAAUAGACGUACUAUAAAUAAACCAAUAAUUACAUCCUCAAGUAACGAACGAUCUUUAAAGAAAAAAGAUUCCUUCAAUGGCGAAACAUUAUUGAUUAAUGAGAAUUUGUCUGCGACGGAAAAAUAUUUGUCAUUACCGGGAAAUAAGGGAGGCGGUUUUGAUAAUGUCUAUUUUCUUAAAUCGCAAAAAGACAGUGCAAAGAGAAACAAAGGCGAUAAUAAUAACUUUGGCCGUCCUGAAGUAGGCAUUAUUAGAAGCCCCGAGGAAAGAUCAAAUAGAACAUUUUUUAAUUGGAGAGUUAUUUUAAAUGAAAAUGGUCACUUACUUAUUAAGGGAACAUUAGAAAGCGGGAAAAUCGCACGUACUAAGCCCAUACUUAAUAGAUUGACGGCUAGAAGCUUAGAAUCUAUUUUUAAACAAAUAUAUCAUCUUAAAGGGAAUAUUGUGGACAAUAGAAACGAGUUACCAGAAUACGUCCGAGAGAAAUUCUUCAAUGGUUUUCCCGAUGAUUGGGAAAAUGUACUUCAAGUAUGGAAAUUAUUUAUUUCCAAGGGCUCGAAUUCAAACUUUCAUUGGCCAAUCGAAAUUACCGAUAACGAUAAUGACGCGAAUAGCAAAAUGUCCGAUGUAACAUUUGAACGUACGAACGAAGAAGAUGUACCGAAGUUUAACGAGUCAGGCACAGUUAUUUCAACUGUACAAAUGCCAAAUGUCUCUAAUUUUCAAAUAUCUUUUAACAGUUUAUGCGGUAAUAAUUGGAAGGAUCGAACUAAAAUGGUUAAUAACGUAUACGCUCCUAGCUUGAUGACAAAGGAACCACAUAAUUAUAAAGAAAAUCAAUGUCAGAAUGAAAAUGUGAAUAUACGUCGAUUGUCUCUUCUUCAGAAAGACGAUAAAACGAGAGAUAUGCAGAAAGAUAAAAUUGAUGUUAUCGUUAAUAAUUUACUGCAUAAGGAUUGCCCAAAAGAAUAUAUUAUUAAAAUAAUACAAAUGUUUGAUUCUCUCAAUGAUGUUUAUCUCUAUAGAGUGACAUCAAAUGAUACAAGUAAAAAGAUCAAUAAUAAUGGUCCAUACCAUGGUGAUAACAAGUCUACAUUCUGUGGCAACCAAAUACAAGGUAAUGAAGUAAUAGGUAAUUCGGAAAGAAGAUCUUAUAUUGUGGAAUGUCAUGAUACGUUAGCUUUAAAGGAUUGUUGCACCGAUCGCAAUAGGUGCAACAUGGAAGAUGCCUAUGAGGAGACAUCUGAUAUGACUUUACAACGAUCGCCUAAAAAGGACUCUGAAGAAUUUGCAAAUGAAACUUAUGCGGCUGUCAUAUCUGAAAGAACAUUAUUACCGAAUGAAAGAUUGUCAGUUAAAUGGCGACAUGAACAUGAGGAGAGAAGAGAAGGUAGAAAUUAUAAUUCUGUAAAUAAUAGUCAUGUAAAAUUGCGAAAAAUCGUAAAAAGAAGUCGACCAAUAUACCGUUCUAAUUCUAUUACCAAUAGAAUUAUUGAAAAUGAUGAGAUGGAAAAUCACGAUUCGGCACAUUCUCUAUCAUUAUCCAAGAAAGGAGAAAUGCGAUAUAAGGAAAGGAGAAAAGGAGAUAAUGUUAUGUAUCGUGUUGCACUGUCCGAUCGGGGAAAAGAGGAUGGUUUUAAAAAUAAUCGUUAUUGCGAAAAUUCCAUUGCGGAAGAUGAAAUCAAAUUGUCGGAAUUUAGACGUAAGAGACAUUUGAAUAUGACGGAGAACAUAGAACCAAGUGGGAAAAAAGCUAAAACAAUAAAUACCCUUGUCGAUGCGAAUCAUAUUAAUGUAAUUCAUAAUACUAGUGAGAACGGUACCAAUAAUAAAAUGAUGCCGUUGAAACAAAAGCAGAACGUAACGUCAACACCUUUGCCCAUUGUAAAAAGUCAUACUCUUGAUAUAAAUCCAAAUAAAGAUGCGACCAAUGAUAAAUCGGAACUUAUGCCCGUUUCAACUAAUACAAAAGAGCAGCAGAAUAAAAAUAUGAUGGAUGAAUCAACUUUGUGCAGAGAUAUUAUAACCGACGUUUGUUUGAUUAUUGGUGAACAUAAGGGUGACUCGAAAGACCAUCAAAUUCAAAGAGUUCAUGAUAUUCAUCCUGAAAAUGCAAAACAUCCUAUUACCCUUGACACGGAUACGCCCUUUUUAAUAUUAAAUUCGACAUCUACUCGUCGUUCGGUGCACACAUCGAACGAUGAAUUUUUAAGCGCAAGGAAACCUCAACUAUUGUCCGAUUGGGUACCAAGGGUUUUAUUUGACUUUAAUCCCGUUUCCGAGUUAAGUUUGGUUUUUGAAGGUAAAUUGCUCAACGAGGCCGGCCACGUGGUUCAUAGAAAAUUUACGACUGAACUUAUACGAAAACGGCUAUCGACAAAUUUAAUCGAAGAUAUAAAUCGAGAAGUUUAUCGACUCGUCGGAGAUCUGCACGAUUCUAAACACGUUGUACCGAAAGAAUUACUGAGAUAUUGCCGCGAAGGAUGCCCAUUUAAUAUAAACGAAUUUUGCAAAAUGUGGAAAUCAUAUCAAAAAGCUAAUGCAAGGGAAACGGUAACAAAGGUAGGAAAUGAAAUGAUAGAUAUAUUGAAUGUACCUACAAGUUCAAGAGGACGUAGGAUAUUUCCACCAUUGAGUUAUUGGACCGGAGAGCGCGUUGCUUUUAGAGAUAACGAAAUAGUCUACACAACGGGUCGUUCUCCGAAGUAUUCUAUAGAUCGAUUGGCUGAAAAUACAAGCAACAAAUUGCAAGCGAAAGAAAAGAUGUGCGAUCGAUCUAACGAUCUUAAAAUCUCUAGACAAAAAGAUGCGUCGGAAGAUGAAAAUAUCGUGUCAUUACCUACUACUAAUUUACAACAGCGAGUUGAUGUACGGGCACAUAGAUUAACCGAUCUGCAAAAAACGGAUAGGAACAAUGCUGCCGUAUCACAAUCGGAUGAACGUAGGAAACAGUAAGAUCGUUAAAAGUAUAUAUUUAUUAAAGAUUAGAUUUUAUUUUUCAUGUUAAUUUCAGAUAUGGCGUAAGGCAACAGUCACCUAUUAAGAAACAAAAUCUGAUGUACACUUAUUACAAAAGUAUUCCACACGCGGACGACAUUUUGUCCGACGAUCAAGUAUCUCAGUUAUAAAUGUAUCCUCUUAUAUUUUUAACGAUAGUUGGUUAAUGCAAGUUCUCGUUUUCCGAUAAGAUGUAUGACAAUAACAUGUUAUGAUAACUCUUUGAAAAACUGUUUUUUAAUUUCUUUUUUUUAAUCAUUUCUAUUGAUUAUCGUACAUCUAUACAAGUUUAAUUAAACCCGAUAAACGGAUAUUUUAUUUACUUUUCUCGUUUCUUUUAUGACUAUCGAGAUCAUAAUUAUAAUUGAAAAUUGUUUUUUGCGUAGACUAAGAACGAUAAUGCAUAGUCUCGACAAUGGAUAAUUGGUAUUGGAUCAGUACUGGUGCACUGCUGAAUAAUGCAAAAAAAUAACUAGAGUUUAAGCAGUCCGUCCGCCAACUUGAUCCACAAACUUGAAUACAACAUUGUUGCUUUUAAUACCUUUGUUUCAUUCUGUCCGAUUUAUGUUCGAUCAUUGGUCGUGAAUAUAGAAAAAUCCGAGUGGCAAUCGCACGAAACAUUUUUGUGUAAUAAAUAAAUAUUUGUCAAAUCAAAUGGCUAGGGCACAUAGUCCCUAUGUGGUGCGACGUUUCCGAGAAAAGACUGAUCUGCUCGAAACAUUCGAGAAUAUCGAUAUUUCUUCCGGUCCAAGAAGGACCGGAGACGAGCGAUUAGCUUUAGUCAACGAAGAAGAAUUUAGAAAGAUUAUACUCUUUUAGAAAAAUUGAAAGUACCCAAAGAAUUCCUUUUUUUUCUUCACACGCCUACAUUAGAUUAUUCAUUAUUGUAAGUGAAAUAAAUUUUU